AUGACAUACAAUGGCCAAGAAAGCGACAAGCUUGAUAGAGAAUUCAAUGCGGAAGUAAUCGGUACGACAUUUAAUAGCGCUACAGUCAAAUGGAAUUUAUUGCGAGAUGCUGAAGUUUACAAGGUUGAGAAACAUCACAAGUACAAAGGGUGGGAGAAAACCGGAUGGACUAGUACGGACAACUACGUUAUUCACGAUUUGGAGGAGAACUUCGGUUAUUUAUUACGCGUGCAGGCUUUAAAGUGCGAUGAGAGUAAAUCUCACUACGCCAUCAUUAAUACCUCACCAGAGAUUGUGGCUUGUACUUUAGCGGAUUUGCCCUCUACCCUGGCCUUGCAUCGCGCUCUCAAGAAGAGCCAACAGUUUCUGGUGAAACGUUUAUUGCGCCGUCGCCCCAACCUUAUUGAAUACCCCGGACCGAAUGGUUACUUGCCGCUUUGCAAUGCCAUAGCGUACGGCGAAACGUGCAUUGCCGAUUAUUUGCUUACAAUUGGUGCCAGCGUUCAUAUCGGCAAUUUAGAUAACAAACGCACACCCUUACACGUUGCUUUUUACUAUGGUCGUUUAUCUGUGGCACGUGUGUUGCUUAACCUGAAAGCCGAUAUGGAGGCCAGAGACAUAUACGGUUUAACUGCCUGUCAUUUGGCUAUCGAUGCGAAUCAAGAAAGGCUUUUGAAAUUUGCUUUAGAAAAUGGUGCUAACGUAGAGGCCAGAGAUGCUUGCGGUUGGACACUGUUAAUGCGCUCCGUGGUUAUGAAUGCUGGUCUCAGCAUUUUCGAGUUGCUAAUAACGUACGGUGCUAAUACGAAAGCGCAGGAUAUGUUUGAUUUAACUUGUCUUGACUUGGCGCGUUUGUAUGGUCACACUGAAGCUCAAGAAUAUUUUGAAAAAUUCUGUUUACUGAACAGCGAGGAUGGCAAAGAGAAUGAAAAUUAA